UUACGUCUGCUGACACCGACCUCCGUAGUUAUCAGAAAAACAUAGACGGAAAUGGAAGAGAAUAACCUCUAUUGAGAUCUUUAUACAUAGAGUAGCCAACGUGCGAAAAUUAUUAAGUGGUUCGAGGACAAUCCGAGGAUCCCGAAACCUAUUCGGUAGUAACCAGCGAUGUAUUAAUAAAGUGGACGUUUACUUCGACGAACGGUUUCCGUUCUAUGAAACGACAAUACCGGGGAGGGUGUUAGAAAAAUUUGUAUUUUGUCAUCCUUGUCAUCGGUGCACCGGGAGUACUGUCAAACAAUAGUUGAAGCAAAUUGUUGCCGUUAAGGAAUAAAUUGAUAGAUCGUCAUGGGUGAUGGGAAGAAGGGCGAGCGACAGCCGUUGUUAAAGAAUGACAAUGUCACGUAUAGUUCGCACGCUAGCGAUUUCUAUACUGCAGAUGAAACGCAAUCAACUGUCAGUACUGUGUCUGCGAUAGGACCAGAUGAAGUACCACCGCCUUAUGAGGGUAGCCAAAAUGGCAUGCCUAUGGUUACAUGCAGAGUUUGUCAAGCUAUGAUAGAUAUCUCUGGUAAAAGAGAUCAGCACGUUGUCAAGUGUUGCCAGUGCAAUGAAGCUACACCAAUACGAAAUGCUCCACCUGGGAAGAAGUAUGUCCGGUGCCCAUGCAAUUGUUUGUUAAUAUGUAAGAGUUCUUCACAACGUAUUGCUUGCCCAAGGCCAAACUGUAAACGUAUUAUUAAUCUCGCUCCAAGCCCGAUUACACCACCAGUUCUCUCUAUGCCUGGAAUGUGUAGAGUCUGCUGUGCUCACUGUCAUGACACAUUUUUGUUCAAUACCUUAAAUAAUGCUUUGGCUCGAUGUCCACAUUGUCGAAAAAUAUCUUCUGUCGGCCCAGACUUUGCUAGAGGCCGGGGUAUUGUAUUUAUAAUUGUUGGAAUAAUAUUCUUAAUAAUAGCAAUAGCUGUGACUGUUGGGACUCAUGCAUAUGCAAAGAGCAAGGGUGGAAUUUAUUUAGCUUAUGUUGGUGCAUUCAUCCUGGCAUUUGUAUGCCUGGGACGCAGCAUUUAUUAUUGUACAAUGAAAAUUAGUAUGAUAGAAGGUCCAAUUUGAUCAAUUGACGAAUGUGCCAAUCAAUGGAUAUUAUUUUAAAACUGAUUCCUUUAACAUCUAUACCGUAUAAUAAUAUAUUUAGAUCAAAUGUCUAUAGUAACGAUAUGACAUAUAAGUCCUUUUUAGGGCCACAAAUGGUAGAUGUAUACACUCUUACACAUAUAUACAUAUGUAAGUUUGCGCUGUAACGUAAAACAAUCUUGCAUAUAUAUAUGUAUAUAUGUAGAUGUAUGUACAUGUAUGGACAAAGAGAAUGUAUAACUAACAUAACGACUUCACGUAAGGUAAUAUAUCGAAAAAUACUAGAAAUAAAUGGGGUGUUCAUUCACAAAAAGGAAAAGAAAAUCAAGGGAUUGUUCCUCUGCACUUUUAUAUAUACAAGCACAGGACCAAUGAAACCCCAUUGUUUUCAUAAUUGAAUUAUAUUAUAUAUGCUUUCUACAUCACGGUAAACGUAUAAAAUGCACAUAGGUAUCUAAGCAAGUAAAAUAUUCCAUACUGAUAUUAUUCCAACUGUAAACAGCUAUAAAUAUAUACAGCCAGGUAUAAUUGUUUUCAAUUGAGAAUUUGCAUCGAUUUUAAAGAGUACACGAAUAUCAUUUAACAGAAACUUCUGGACCUAUGUAUAUCAUUUAACAUGCGAGUAAAAUUAUAUAAAAUA